AUGGCGGUGGUUAACCUGCUGUUUGCUGCGCUAAUCGCCUGCUCUCAUGCACUAGUAGGCACGCUUGCGCUUGUUGGAGAUCACCGUCCCUGGCCACCCGCCCUCGCCGCGCUCGUGGCGGAGGGCAGGCUCAGAACCGACACCAACGCCACGGUGGCGGCCUCGACGGACUUUGGCAACAUCACGUCGGCGCUGCCGGCGGCGGUCCUGUACCCGUCGUCCACGGGUGACCUGGCGGCGCUCCUGGCCGCGGCCAACUCCACCCCCGGGUGGCCCUACACCAUCGCGUUCCGUGGCCGCGGCCACUCGCUCAUGGGCCAGGCCUUCGCCCCCGGUGGCGUGGUCGUCAACAUGGCCUCCCUGGGCGACGCCGCCGCCGCCGCCGCCGCGCCGCGCAUCAACGUGUCCGCGGACGGCCGGUACGUGGACGCCGGCGGCGAGCAGAUGUGGAUCGACGUGCUGCGCGCGUCGCUGACGCGCGGGGUGGCGCCGCGGUCCUGGACGGACUACCUCUACCUCACCGUCGGUGGCACGCUGUCCAACGCCGGCAUCAGCGGCCAGGCGUUCCGGCACGGCCCACAGAUAUCUAACGUGUUGGAGCUGGACGUUAUCACCGGCCACGGAGAGAUGAUGACGUGCUGUAAGGAGCUCAACGCUGACCUGUUCGACGCCGUCCUGGGCGGGCUGGGCCAGUUCGGCGUGAUCACCCGCGCACGGAUCGUGGUGGAGCCGGCGCGGGCGCGGGCGCGGUGGGUGCGGCUCGUCUACACCGACUUCGCCACGUUCACCGCCGACCAGGAGCGGCUCAUCGCCCCGCGGGCCGACGGCGCGUUCGGCCCGAUGAGCUACGUCGAGGGGUCGGUGUUCGUGAACCAGAGCCUCGCCACCGACCUCACGAACACGGAGUUCUUCUCCGACGCCGACGUCGCCAGGAUCGUAGAGCUGGCCAGGGAGAGGAACGCCACCACCGUGUACAGCAUCGAGGCCACCAUCAACUACGACAACGCCACGUCGGUGGACCAGGAGCUCAAGUCUGUGCUGGACACGCUAAGCUUCGUGGAGGGGUUCGCGUUCCAGCGCGACGUGACCUACGAGGAGUUCCUGGACCGGGUGCAUAACGAGGAGGUGGCGCUCGACAAGAUGGGGCUAUGGCGAGUGCCGCACCCGUGGCUCAACAUGUUCGUGCCGCGGUCGCGCAUCGCCGACGUGGACCGCGGCGUCUUCAAGGGCAUCCUCCAGGGCACCGACAUCGUCGGCCCGCUCAUCGUCCACCCCCUCAACAAAUCCAUGUGGGACGACGACAUGUCGGCGGCGACGCCGUCGGAGGGCGUGUUCUACGCAGUGUCGCUGCUCUUCUCGUCGGUGGCCAACGACCUAGCGAGGCUGAAGGAGCAGAACCGGAGGAUCCUGCGCUUCUGCGACCUCGCCGGGAUCCAGUACAAGAGCUACCUGGCGCGUUACACCAAUCGCAGUGACUGGGUCCGCCACUUCGGCACCGUCAAGUGGAAUCGCUUCGUGGAGAUGAAGAACAAGUACGACCCCAACAAGCUGCUCUCCCCCGGCCAGGACAUCUUCAACUGA